AUGUCUAUGGUUUUCAGACGCUCAAUGGCCACCGCCGCCUCCUUGAAGAGGGCCGGCAAGGUCAUGUGCAUCGGCCGGAACUACGCCGACCACGUCAAGGAGCUUAAUAACGUCCGCCCCAAGCAGCCCUUCUUCUUUCUUAAGCCCACCUCGUCCAUCUUGCUCCCUGGGGCUGGCCCCGUGCUGAGGCCCAAGGGUGUCGACAUGCACUACGAGGUUGAGCUCGCUCUCAUCUUGGGCAAGCAGGUCAAGGACCUCAAGCCCGACGACUACAAGGGCGCCAUUGAUGCCAUUGAGGCUUACGCGCUUGCCAUCGACAUGACUGCUCGCAACGCCCAGAACGAGGCCAAGAAGAAGGGCCUUCCCUGGUCCAUCGCCAAGGGAUUCGACACCUUCCUGCCCAUGAGCGACAUCGUCAAGAAGUCCGCCAUCCCGGAUCCUCACGACAUCGAGCUCUUCCUCAAGGUCAACAACGAGACCAAGCAGGACGCCUCCACCAACCUGAUGCUCUUCCAAAUUCCCCGUAUCCUGAGCGACAUCUCCAAGGUCAUGACCCUCGAGGCCGGCGACAUCGUCCUCACCGGAACCCCGGCCGGUGUCGGCCCGGCCGUGCCUGGCGACAUCAUUCGCGCCGGUCUCCGUGUCAACGGCAAGGAGCUGCCCGAGGCCAAGAUUGAGGUUGGCGUCGAGGAGUCUCCCAGCUCGUACCAGUUCGCUGAGACGUAG